GUGAAAGAUAAAGAGGAGGAUCAGGUCAAUGGGGCCCGUACAAUGAAAGAUGGAGAGUUUGGAGAGUACAAUGAUAACGAGAAGUGCUCCACCAGUCAGCAGUCUGUCUGCGAGAGCAAGCGCAGCAGCAAUGACAGUCUAGCCGACUACGGAGACAGUGUUGACAUCCAGUUUAAUGAGGACGGCUCCUUCAUUGGCCAGUACAGUGGACGCAGAGAUCCAAAUGGUCACGGCAGCUCGGGCGCCACAUCUCCCGUCAAUCCCAACAUGCCUCCACCCAGCAUCAGCUUUCCCACGUCUGUGACAGGAUUCCUGGGGCCAAACUAACGCUCCACCUCUACACACACACAUUCUUGACCAUUUGAAUGAGGGGUCCUGAUGGUAUUAGACAGGAUAUUAAUUUCAGGACAGACAGUCGUUACUAUAUGACACAAGAAACAACAUUAACCACCGGCUUCACGCUCACUUAAUAAUGAAACACAUGCAUCCGACAGACACGAAUAACCUGCAGGACAGUUGCUUCCAACAUUCCAUUCAAGCACUGAAAACUGUUUACAAUGCUCACUUCGCUGCUUCAAGUGAUGUUUGGAUUGUAAAUUCUCCCUCACUGGAAGUUUUGCCAGUUCUUUCACUGAAAUUAUGCAGAAGAAGAUGUGAUAAACAACAGACACAACAGGAAAAAGGCAUGAAUACAACUGUUUGAGAGUGUAGGGCAGACUUGGGCCUUGUUCAUGUGGCACACUAAUCCUAUUUGUUUUGAAUUUUAACGGUCAGUAGAACUGAGACUGAUUCUUUACAUGAUGUGGUCAGUAUUUCAUUCUAAGAUGCAGUUCCAGAAUUAUUUUAUUUUAACUGUUCAGACUAAACCAAAACAAAGUGAUUUUGCUGCCUCUCUGAACAAUGCCUUAUGUCGAAUACAUCAGCUGAAAUCACUGCGGUCAAUAGAAGUCAGGUCUUAAAGGCUGAAAAGCAAAAACCUUUUACUAUUCAUUAUGGGUUGAAGGCAUUAUUUUCCCAUUCACGAUUACAAAACGUUACAUUUAUUUGAAGUAUUGUUUUUGUAUUAUUCUUUUACUUAUGUUCUUUUUUUUUAUUAAAUACAUGUAUAUACAUACGUUUUUUCAUAAAGGCAAAUAUAUUUGAGUUAUAAUAUAUAUUUUUUAUUUUUUUUUUAUUAUUAAAUUUUUUGCUUGUAAUACAGUUAUCUUAAUGAAUUUGUGUUUUAUAAAACAGUAUGUAUGAACAUUAAUAAUCUCCCAUAUGUGUCUCUCUGUCUUAAUAAUCAAUGUUCAGGGCUUUUAACUGUGUAUCGUUUGUAUCGUUGCCCAAGUAAGUUUUUAAAAUAAUGGUGUUUUUGAUGCAAUUUAUUACGUUAAAUUUUUUUGAAGUACAUACAGCCGCUGCACUAAAGCCAAAUUUUGUGAUCUUGACACUAACAUAUAUUUUUAAAAGAAAAAGAAAAAAAAACAGCAACAAAAUCUGAUUUCCAGCAGCAAAUAACAGCAUGAGAUGUAGUGCUAGGCUAGUUGAUAUAGUGUGAGGCUGUGCCUGUUGUUCUGCUGUAACGCUGAGGCCAAACCCUGAAAAACUGCUGUGCUCCAGUGUCUGUGUCAUCCGUCCGUAAGAUUGCAAAUAUUAACACUCAAACAUUGCUAAUUAUGUACAGUGAAUUAUUACUAACAAUAACAGUCAUACAGUAUAAUAUCACACAUUUGUCUCAUGUCAUCAAUUUUUUUUUUUGUUUUUUUUUUUUUUUUGGUGUGGGCAUUCAUUGAAUUUGUGUAGUUGGGAUAUUCCUGCCUGAAGGAAAUAGCCUUGAACAAUAUAACGAGCCGAUGGCAGCGAAUAGACACAAAUUACAGAACAAACUGAUGCUUCAUAAUCUGAAUGUAAGUCAUCUUUUCCAACUUUGAUUUAGUAUGUUUCCACAUUUAAUAUCUUUAUUAUUAGAUUUAGUAGUAUUAUUACACUUAAUCUGAUCUUUAGUUUAGAAAACAGGUCAGAAGUAAAAUGCUAUUUAUUUAGUGGACUUCUGAAUGACUAUAUUGUUGUGAAUUUCAUUAAAUGCAUUUGGGGGAAGAAGCAGUGAUGAUGUCAAGAUGGGCCUGCAGUUUAACGACAUCAUCACCUCUUAACCAACCCGUCUGAAGACUGCAGAGCGAUACAUCUGUGACAUUUUAUAAUGGCACGGGUAGAAAUAUCGUCAGACAGUAAUUACAGCUUUGAGUUUACUCAUUUGUCUUCUCUCGCAUAUGCCACAGCAUCCUGAAUUGUACCGAUCAAAAUCAUGCUGCAAACGGCUGGUUAAAAUCAAAUUAAAUACUAGGAAUAUUUACAACAAAUGUAUGUAAGAGUAUGUAGCUUGUGUAUGCAUUACAAUAUAUUUUCCUACAAAAAGGACUUGAGUUAAACCGGUGGAAUUGCAGUGCAUGGCUUUAUACGAUGAGCUGUGAAAGACCUAAAGCUCAUCAACAUCCCUCCUGGGUCUGUGGGAUAUCUCCAUAUUGUGUGUAAGCUUCUUCUUACCUCUGCUUUCUAUUUGUAAAUUGACACACUAAAAUGAGAAUAAAAAUGUAGUCAGAGUGGUAUUUCAAAGCA